CACACACUAGGACGUCCUAGUCCUUACAUAGUUGGGAUGCACAUAAUCUUUCUCCGUAAUGGGAAAGAAGUUGACAGCUCGUGGCACUUCAUGGAGGUUUUGAGAGGGAUUUUGGGAAGGUCGUCCGGCCUCCCGUGCUUGCCUUGUGGCGAGAGGUGCCCUGGGUUUAUUGCAACUCCUCUUGGGGUGCUUUUUCGGGUUAUAAUUUGGUGUGUGUGAUUCCUCUUACUCAUCUUGCAAGGACAACACUUCAGUUACCUGUUGAAUUGCUGUUAAUGGAGGUCAAAAUGCAGUAUCAAUCUUUUGGGUUGAGCAAAUUUUGAAUUAAAAAAAAACUAGGAUUCUCUUUGGCAGUUUCAUAAUCACUAGUAAGUAACUAAUAAUCAGCAGUUUUAUAGUGAAGCUUAAGGUAGAAUGACAGGAGAUUAAGAGCGGAAUAGAGGGAAGGGAAAGGCAAGGGAAGAAGGGAAAGGAAGCAGAGAAAGAAAAGAAAAGAAAUGGGUUGAAGAAAGGGAGAGAAAUGCUUCAACUCUACUCCAAUCAUCAUCAUUGUCCCCGUAAUAUCCAAUUUCUUCAUAUAGGCAAAAUAAAUGGUAAAAGAGCCAAUAUCAACCUUAGCAACUAGACAAGUCUGCCAUUUGAGAUGAGAAAAGUUGGCAAUGUGUGAUUGCCACCUACCUUGAGCAAGUCAUACCCUAGCACUUCAAGAAUCAAUUCAUAAUAAGGUCUUAUAUCAUUCUUGCCGCCAUUAGUAAGAUGCGAAUUUAUCCUUAUAAAAAUUGAAGAAAAAGAAAGUAAAACAUAACAAAAUCAAGCAAAAAGGUAAAUGUACAGAUAACAAUUAUCUUUAGUCUUCUGCCUAUAGGUGGUUCUAAAGUCUUCUUGGUGCUUGGGAUGGUUCCAUCACCCCAUAAGAACUGUUUCUUCUUCUUAUCAAAGAAAAAAAUGUUGAAAGUUUAACAUAAAAUCGUGUUUUCUUUGGAUUUCUCAUUCUUUUGGAAAAGAAUACCUUGGUGUUCAUCGUGUUACUAAUGGAUUUUUCAGUUUCUUAUUACAUGGUAUAUGUCACUUGUCACAUUUAAAGUUCUCCAAGAUGGCGAGAUAUGACAUGACUGGUAUUGGAAUAAACAUCAGGGAGAUUCCAGAUGACAAUGGACAUGUAAAACUGAAGGUGCUAGGAUUUAUAUUGGAUGGCCCUGCACAUACUGCUGGUGUGAGGCAGGGUGACGAAAUCUUAGCUGUCAAUGGAGUGGAUGUAAGGGGGAAAUCAUCUUUUGAAGCAUCAUCCCUGUUACAAGGCCCAAAUGAAACUUAUGUCACAAUCAAGGUCAAGCAUGGCAAUUGUGGGCCUAUCCAAACAAUAGAAGUUCAGAGACAAUUAAUUGCUCGAAGCCCAGUCUUUUACCGGCUGGAACAAAUUGAUAAUGGCAACAGUUCUGUUGGGUAUAUACGCCUGAAAGAGUUCAAUGCAUUAGCCACAAAAGAUUUGGUAAUUGCAAUGAACCGACUUCAAAGCAUGGGUGCCUCAUAUUUCAUCGUGGAUCUUAGAGAUAAUCUUGGCGGACUAGUGCAGGCUGGAAUUGAAAUUGCCAAGCUCUUUCUAAACAAAGGAGACACGGUUAUUUAUACGGUUGGGAGGGAUCCCCAGUACCAAAAUACUAUUGCUGCAGAUUCUGCACCAUUGGUUACAGCUCCUGUUAUUGUGUUGGUAAAUAAUAAAACAGCGAGUGCAAGUGAAAUUGUUGCUUCUGCACUUCAUGAUAACUGUAAAGCAGUUCUUGUUGGCGGGAAGACUUUUGGCAAGGGUUUGAUUCAAUCUGUAUUUGAGCUUAAAGAUGGAUCUGGGGUUGUUGUCACAAUUGGGAAAUAUGUCACGCCCAAUCACAUGGACAUAAAUGGCAAUGGCAUUGAGCCUGAUUUUGCAAAUUUACCAGCUUGGAGGGAUGUUACAGAACAUCUUUCGAAGUGCAAUAUGCAUAGUCAAGUUUAAAUAUCCUCUAUGUUCAGCCAUCUUUCUGGUACAACGCUAUUCUCAUAAGGAGGCACGGCAUGAUUCUCUGUUAAAUAAUAUUCUUGUGGGCAAUGAUGGAAUCGACACACAUGGAAAUGAAGCAUUGGCUUCUGUGUUCUUGCAUCGCGGCAGAAUGGACUUAGCAAGGUGUAAAUCGGUGAUGUUGAUCCUCCGGUGAAUCUCAGUCUAAGGUUGGGUAAUAUUUGAUCAAAAAUUGAUGUAAAUACUAAAAUGUGGAUUCAGCACCAAAUGCAUCCUUCCGAUUUUGAAUUUUACAUUUGAUUUCAGAUUAGCUCAAGAGAAGAUAAAUCAAAAUCACAUAGUACAAAAUUUAACGUC